CCGCUCCGGGAUCAGCUCAACUAUUUUGAUUUGUGAAUGCAACGCCAAAUUUUGACUUGUCCGAGCGCUUUUUCCUCGAGACCACGGCGUUUACCCCUCGCACUGAUUUGGCUAAUUUAUUUGGACUUAUUUGAUAUGGAUUUGUGCCGAAUGCGUCGCUCGUUCGCUGCAUAAAAAGGAAAUCAUUUUUCAAUAUUAAGGUUAAGUUUCGCUGUGUGGCAAACUUUGGCCACACCUAGAUCCUGUCCUAUAUUCUGUGAAAAAGCAGUUUUUUCGCCCGGUGGUGCGUUUGUUUGUGUGUCGGCGAGUCCCGGCGGUGGAGAAACCGGAGAGGGCCUAUACAGAGGGAAUGCAGGACUGCAAUGGAGCACAAUGCAAUACAGUGGCUGGGUGCUCCUUCGUGUCAGAGAGGGACCUUUUCCUUCUAUAAGUCUGUGGGCAGCAGGACUCGACCUGAUGGACCGGUCCAGACCUGGAGACUGGGAGAGUUCUACUUCAUCCGCUGUGGACCAGAGGAGCCAGUGUGUCUCGCUGAGGUGACCUUGCUAUGGGAGGACCAGACGCAGCGCCACCUAUUGGCCAGUGCCAGACUGUAUUUCCUGCCAGAGGAUACACCCAAAGGUCGAACCCGGGAUCAUGGAGAGGAUGAAGUUUUGGCGGUUUCCAGGAAGAUGGUGGUGAAAGUCGAGGACCUGGUGAGAUGGUCGUGUUUGGAGGAGAACGGGUGGAAGGUCCCGAGAGCACAAACUCCGAACGGGAUCAACGGAGUCUGCAAAGAGCCCCAGACCCAAGACCCGAACAAAGAUCUCACCCAGAACCCAACCAAGGCCCAGACCCAAGACCAGAUCCAAAACCCAACCGAUGGCCAGACCCAAGACCAGACCCAAGACCAGACCCAAGACCAGACCCAAGACCAGACCCAAGACCAGACCCAAGACCAGACCCAAGACCAGACCCAAGACCAGACCCAAGACCAGACCCAAGACCAGACCCAAGAGCAGGAGGUGAAAGAGGAGAAGGUGGAGGUGAAGGUCCAGGAGGAGGCGGAGCUUAAGACACAAGAGGCGGAGCUAAAGAAAGAAGAGGCGGAGCUAAAGAAUGAGAAGGAUGAAGGUGAUGCUUCAGACAGACAGUGGGUGAAGGUGCUCAGUUACCCUCAGUACUGCAGAUAUCGCUCUCUUCAGAGGAGGACUCAGGGGGGAGCAGCCAGGCCAGAGCUCCAGGACCCUCAUGUACUAGCUCUGGGUGGCCUGAAGGUGGCGCUGUCCAACACGCGAGUCAUGUACUGCAGGGACACGUUCAACCAUCCCACACUGGAGAACAACGCCAGCUUCUCCUGGCAAUUCAGAUGCCCUUCUCUGAGCCUCAGAGGUCGCCCUCGAAAAAGAAAAGGUCGUGACGGUAAAGACUCGCCCACCUCCAGCCAGUCAGAGUCCUGGAUUGACCGGAUGCAGGAGAACGUGAUGGGCAGCGUGGAGUCCGGCUGCGAGGGGCCGUGGCUUCCUCACCCUGAUGAACAGUUCUUCCUGGAUCAGCUCUUCACCUUCAUGGACAAACAGGGCGCUCCCAUCCACAAAGUCCCCAACCUGGGCUUCAAAAAGAUCGACCUGUUCCGGAUGUACUCAGUGGUGAAGCGCCUCGGAGGAUAUGAAAAGGUGACUAAUGACCGUCUGUGGAAGAUCGUGUAUAACGAGCUGGGCGGUUGCCCCGGCAGCACCAGCGCCGCCACCUGUACCCGGCGCCAUUACGAGCGCCUGAUGCUGCCGUACGAGGAGCACCUGAGGGCCGGCGGCAUCCACAUCCCAAUCCCGGAAUUCCAUCUGCCCGUCAGGCCCAAAGGAAUGAGAGGCCGGAAACCAGGACGAAAACCAGGACCCAAGCCCAAGGACAAGAAGCCCGGCGCCCCCUCUGGGCCCAGGACGAUCGUGAACCCCGAUGGGACGGUGGUGGUGAAACGUGGCCGUGGGCGUCCUCCGGGAAAAAAGAACAAAGCCACGCUCAUCGCUCAGGCCAAACUGCUCGCCCAGCAACAGGCCAAACACAGGGCCGUUACCGGGGAGAUCAGGACUGGGCCGGGAUUCAGGACCGGACCGGGGAUCAGGACUGGACCAGGGGAGAGCAGGGAGGGGGCAGGGAGAGGGAGACCACCCGCUCACCCUUCACUCCACCGGGUCCCUCCACUUCACACUCCUCAGCCAAUCGCUCCAGCUCUCAUCCCCAUCAACAUGCCCCUUACUCCGGAUCUGUCUCCCCGAUCCGCCCCCUUCCUCCCCUUCCAACCAAAACCUCAAGACUCCAACCGGCCGGAAUCCUCUUCUACCAACAAUACCUCCAGUACUUCUCAUAAUACUACUACUACAACUACUACUGCAGUACCCACUCAGGGCCUGCUCCUCUCCGCUCUUCCCCACCACUUCGUCUCCGGUUUCAGCCCGAUCAAAGGCCUCUGUCCCCUGGAUGUUUUCCGAAAUAGAAUCCAAAGGGGGUUGGAAAAUCCCGCUUCGAAUCCUCAAGACGCUUCGCAGCAUCUCCAGCCGUCGCAACACCAGAUCGUUUACUCCAUCCAGCCCAAAAUAGCCGAAAAUCCUCAAGGUUUAUCCCAAAAUCAGGACUCAAACAAUCGGAAUAGACUGCCCCUCCCUCCGCUAAGAGUCCUGCCUUUGGAUUUGGAUUGUAGCGUGCAGGUUCGUCAGCUCAUGAGGACGCGGUUGGGCUCCACGCAGUUCCAGACCUUCACCAGGAGACUUUCGGAAGCUCUGUCCCACGAUGGAGCUUCGAAGCCGGUACCCUGCUCGCCCAUAACCCCCCCACCGGAGCAAAACAUCCCGCUGAAUCUUAGUAAAAGGUUACCCCAGAAACGAAUGCAUGCGGACGGAGCCGAGGCGAGUCUUCAAGGCGGGGAAGCGAAAAGGCAGAGACGGCAGGAGGAGUUCGGCGCUAGGUUGGGGCAGGUUGGCGGGCAGGAGCUCAGGGUGCAAGAAGAACCGGCAGAUUUGAGUUCCCCGAGCCGAAUCCGCGCGUUUCUACUGGGACUUCCGCCGUUUCAGGUGAAGCUAGAAGAGGAUCUGAACGGAGCGAGGUUUCCAAAGUUAAAUCCGGAUUCGCGCAGGUUGGAAGUGGAAAAUCUGGGAAUGAAAAAGCAAGACGACGACGUGAUCAUCGUGGAGGACGAUCGCGACGACGACGACGACGACGACGAGGAGCAGGAAGCGGUCGUUUUUGUCAAAGAGGAGUUUAACGGGAAAGAGGUGAAAGGUGAGAAAAUCGCGGAGGAGAAAAUGGAAGUUUUAAAGCAAGCUCCAACUUUGGUUUUGGCGCAACACAGCUGACACUAAAACAGUUAUUUUAAGAAAAAAGACUCUAUAAAGAUCUGACAAGAUGGCGGGCGACGCAGAUCUGGCAUUUCAAGUGACGUCAUUUCCUGUUUUGUUUAAAUCUUGCUCUGUGAUUGGACGGCAGAAGCGACGGACUUCGAACGACAAUCGCACGCAGAGGAUCUUCUUUUUAAAAUGUUUUUUCGUUUGUUUUGUUUUCCAGAUUUGAAAACACUGCCAUAACUUCAUCAUUAUUAUAACACUAUUAUUAACACCUAAAUAUUGAUUAAGAAAACCGGACGUUCCAAAUAUGGGCGUCCAACUUGUACUGUUAGUCCUUUAGUGUCAAUAUAAACCUCUCUACUUCCUGUAGGGAUAGUUAUUUUCGAAAAGUGUUAGAUCGAUGUUAAUGGGCGGUUUCACUUAUAGCUUGUUACGUGAAGCCUAUAUUAGUCUGCUCGUCGAAUUAUGAAAAAAUAUAUAACUCUUUUCUUAUACAAAUGUGCCUUAAAAGUCAUGAUAAUGGAGAGAUACUUUAGAGUCGGCUGCUGCUGUUGUUUCUUCUACCCCCCCUACAGGGCUGGGUGGGUAUUGCAUUUGAGUUUAACAUUUUGAGAAUUUAUCUUUUAAUAAAAAAUAUGAAAAAACAACAAAAAAACAAAAAAAACUGGCUCCAAAUUUAAUGUGUUCUCAAGUGCAUUAUAGCAAAGUUAAAAUGUGUUUGCUGUAAAUACUAGAUAUUUUUCAACAACAAAAAUCAUGAAACGCACAAAAAAAAAAAAACCCAAAAUGAGCUGGUUUUGCUGUUAAAUCAAAUAACUCUCGAAUUAAUAAAGAAUGGAUUAUCUUUUAAACUAUAAUAACACUUAUUCUGAAAAAGCCCAGCCCUGUUUUGUCUGUCAUUCAGCGUUGCGGCCACUAGAUGUCAGCACUACACUCAGACUACCUCAGGUUCUUUUCAUUUCUGGCUCAUUCCUCGUUUCCCAGCAUGCAUUUGGGUCAGGCAGUGACUUUAAAAACUAUAAAUGGGUGUUUUAAAAUUAAUUAUAAAGUCGUUUUUAAAUUUUGGAACAAGAUAUGACUCCAAAUCUUUUAUUUCAAGACAGAUUUUAAAGGUGAAUUUACACAAAGCUGUCCUAAAAAUGUCCUAAAAAUUUGGAAAAACCUUACAUAAUUUUCGAAUCUUGAUAAACACUGAUGGCAGAGUGGUUAGUACUUGUCUCAAAGCAAAAAAAAAACCUCCUUGGUUUAAUUCCCAGACCACUUGGAGCUGUUCUGGAGUUUGCAUGUUCUGCCUGUGUAGUUUUAAUCUGCAUCAGUGUACCAAUUAUCUUAUUUUUUACAAUAAACAUUCGUUCAAAUCUGUUAAUCUGUAAUUUUUAAUAGCAAUUCCUGACUAUUUUUCUUGUUGUUUUUGUUUUCGGCUAAGUACUCUCUUGUAAUUCUAAGAGAAAUUAUGUCUUGAUUUCAAAUAUUAAAUUACAAAAAAUUGUUGAAAAUCUACAAACUUUUGACAGCAAAUAAAUCGUUUCAAGUAAUUAUAAUUUCAGCUCUGACCCAAAUAAUCACAAUAACAAUAAUUUUUGGUUUUGUUUUUGGGUUUUUUUCUCAUUAUCAAGCAGUUCUAUGCUAAAAACAAUAUUCUACCUUAUACAUCCAGGCCCAAUGUUAUUAAUGGUGCACUAAGGAACCUUUCACCUGUUCGUCGCCAUGGAGAUGUAAUUUUUCGGCUCGGAAUGUUCCACAGUUUGGCGUUAAAUCCGUCUAUCUGUUCAUCUAGCUUUAAUCGAUUUCAUAUCUUUCUGUUGCUAAGAAAUGGCCUUGAUAAACAUGCGUUCUUACAGCGAUUGGGCUCACCUCUACGCAGAUCUGACCUGUAUCUUAAAGGCGUCGUCUUAGAAUAUUGAAAAACAGGACUAGUUAAUUUUAAACGGCUCACAGAGGUCCAACGUUAUUCCUCACAUACCUUUUUGUAAACGCUUUUCACGGCUCUCGGGGCCAGUGCGGAGUUUUACAGUGACUGUGAAGCAACUAGCAUGCUAACGCGCACUUCCUGAUUAUUGGACCCUAAAAUAAUGCGUUCUAAUUGGAUGUAGAACGUACACAGCAGAAUUAUUUUGAUCUCAAGAGCUGCUUAUACACUUUAUAUACUGUAUGUGAGUUGGGGCAAGACACAUUUUGUAUAUUACCCAUAGACUGUAAAUAUAAAUGGUAGGGGGGUCACGGUUCACAAAAAUUACGGUUCGGCAUGUAUCUCGGUUUUAAGAUCACGGUUAAGUUCGUUUUCGGUACAGCACGGGAACAAAAUGCAAAACCAUUUACUUGUUUGUGUGUUUAUUAAACCAACAAUUUGUUUUAGCAUUAUACAAAUAUAAUAAAUGCAAAUUGCUGCUUGGUAAUACUAAUAAGUUAAAUAAAAUAUUCUCAAAUAAGCAACAAAUGUAUGAAAUAUUAUAAAAAGUAAAUUCCUUGUGAACAGUGGGGGUGCGGAGACUUCGUGCCAGCGAAAGGCGAAAGGACCAGGGCUCGAUGACCGUAGUUUUGCGAGGAUUUACGUGGUUCAGAGGGACGUAGUCAAGUCGGUCGUCCUAACUAUAAAGCGCCACGGGAAACACUGCCGCCUCAAUCACGGACAAGUUCCUUCAUGAAUAUUAAAGAGCUGAGGCUUCCGUGUAGCUGCACAUGUAGUGGUGGAAUGUAAACGCACACAAAUUGCGCGAACUCACUCGUGUACAGCCCUGCAUCGAACCGAACGUCCCGUAACGAAAAGGUUCAGCAUGAAUACAUGUACCAUUUCAUCUCUAAUACAUGGACAUAGCUAAACCACUAAUCACCAUGUUCCAAACAGGAAGCCAGCUCCAGCAACUCUGGCUGCAUUUGACUUUAUGUUGAAAAACCGUCGUCCCUCUGUCUGUACCUGCUGCUGUGAGACAUGGUCAUUUUCCCAAUCCAAACCAACUUUAUUUCUAUAGAACAUUUUAUAAACAAGACAGUUUCCAAAAUGCUUCACAUAGAAUUGUAAAACAUUGUACUUACAAAAAAAUUAAAAAUUAUGUUUCAACCUUGAGGAACCUAAUAGAAACAAUAUAAAAAAUAAUAAAAUCAAUGAACAAAAAUAAUAACAAAUCACAAAAACAAUACAAUUUUGGUCUUAAAAUGUUCCUAUUAACACGAUCUGCAUAAUCCUGGUGUUGUUAUUUCGCUAUUUUUUUGUAAAUAAAUUCCCGUUCGUACUAAAAUUGGAGCAAUUUUCUAAUUUACUCCUAUAACUGGGAGCCACGAUGAGCUUCAUUUGACUGGAUCUGAGCGUUCUUAUCCAGACGUUUUACCAGACCAUAUUGCCAGACUGUAGACGUAGAACAGGCAAAGAAAUUAGAUCUCCGUGGACAUGAGUAGAAAAGCUCCGUAGUGCACCUUUUUGAACAUCUCUGAACACAACUUUUCAGUUUUCCAAGUGCCAUUUUCCAAAGCGCAGCCUCCAAACCCUGAACUAUCUCUCCCCCUCCUGUCUCCUCCUUUAUAUUUGCACAGCUCUGUCUUUGUCAUAGGCUAAAAAAAAAAACGUAUUUAAACACCGAGAUCAAGUGGUGCUGUUUUAAUUUUUAGUAUUUUCUAGUUUGUUUGUUUUUUGUUGUUUUUUUUUUUGGCUUUUUAUGUAAUGCAAAGAUUUCCUUUUAGAGGUGGCUAUCAUGGGAGUUUUUGAAUAUUUUUUUGGUGAUCAUAUACAAUUUUUUGGGAUGUGUAAAGUGGGUUUUCGGGGCUGAAAAUGCAAAAAGAUUGUAGCUGUUGAGGCCAUAAAAACACCAAAGGAAGUGAUUGGAAAGAGAGGGCUUAGGAACACGAGUGGGUUUCAUGAAUUAUAGUUUGACUUUCGGGGUUUUAUUUUCCUAGAAAAACACCAACAACAACAACGCAAAGUUAAAAGCUGUAAAAUGGAAAACUGUGUGUAUUCAAAACUGUAUUUAUUAUUAUUACUCAUUAUUUUAUGGGUUUGUUCAGAUUGAAAAUGGCUCAUAUUGUUUUGGGUGGUUUGAAAAGUACAGCUUGUGUUGAUAUUUUGCAGUGGCAUGAUGCUGGGGGUGUUCUACAUGUGUGUCUAUGGUGCAUUAGUAUGAGCAAACAGCCAAAAAAAAAAAGUGUACAAAAUGGAUUUAAACAACAUUUUCAGCAGUGAUCACCUGUUAUUUCCAGCUAAGUCGGUUCUUUUUGGUCAGAUUGUGUUAAAAUAAAGAUCGCAUCGUGUAACAAAGCGUCAGACAAAGCAGUGCUCACAGUUAGCGUCACACCCCCAGGGAAUGUUGGUCAGCAGCUUCAAAAUAUCAAUCGAAAAAAAUGCUCAGUAGUCGAAUUUUGCUUCUCCAAAUCUUUUUAAAACUGUGGAUUUUCAAGUACAAUUCUCUCCAAUAAUUGAAUACAACUUCUCCAAUCUCCAAUUUGACUUUUUGAACAAACCGGGACUCAAAACUAGAAUAUUUUUUUAGUUUUUAAAAAUUUAGUUGCAUGUUUUUGUGUUGACGAUGUGCCAGAGAAGGCUGAGUGAGGACUUUUACUUUUAGAGGGAUUAUCAUUAUUACUGAUAGCAUUUUUAAUCUUUUUUUAGUUUUAUUUAAGCUCUAGUUUUCAGUUAGAUUUUAUAAUUUCUGGUUUACGUUGCUUAUGCAUGUUACACAGUUGGUAUACCCAGUGUUUUUGCACACGGCACGAAUUGUAAACUAUUUUAAAAAGUGCCUAAAAUGUAAUGUUGGCUAAUCUGAAAUGACGCUAAAGCUAAAAUCAACAACUUGAACCAUUUUGAUUUUUAGAAAUGUGUAAAAUAGUAUAAACUGGACCUAAUACUAACAGUGGACGCAGGGUUGGGUUGAAGACGUCAGAUUCAUACGAAAAUUAACUGGGAUUUUAACAAUGAAAAAG